GUUAACAGGCCUGUAGGUUCAUUUCUUUCAAGAAUGUUAACUGCAUUUAUCUAUUUAAGAAAUCCCAAAUGGUGUAUAGAUUAUCACAACAUCGUACUUACAAUUUGAUAAAUUAUACCUUAAAUGACUAGCCUUGAAAAAGAAGAAAUUGACCAUCCUUGGAAAUGUUGAUCCCAACCUCUCUCUCUCCCUUCAUAUUCUGGAUGCUUAAAUUGUCAUAUAAAAUAUGCUGAAAAAAUUCUAUUUGGCAACUUGCCAUCAACCUAUCAAAGCCUUGAUUUCCGGAUUAUGCGGUGCCCGCAUUUAGUUUUUCUUAGCUCAUUUAAGUCUUUUUAUCUUAAAUCACAGUGCAUACUUAUCCGCCGUAUGAUUCUAUGCCUUUGGAUUUCCCUUCCAUAUUUUCUUCUUCUAUCAAGAUUAGCACUGAUCAUCAAGGCCUUUGGUCAUUAGCAACUAGAUUAUCCUUUUUUUUCUGGUAACAAUAUGGGAUCUAGCCAAUUUUCUUCCUCUACCUACGACUCAAAUUGGACUCCUGAGCAGAACAAAAUGUUUGAGAAUGCUCUGGCAAUAUAUGAUACAGAUGUUCCUGAUCGAUGGCAAAAAAUAGCCAAGCUAGUUGGUGGGACAAACGAGCAGGAAGUGAAGAGGCAGUAUGAAAUCCUUUUAGAUGACAUCAAGCGCAUUGAAUCAGGCAAAGUACGCCUUCCUAAGUACAGGAGAAAUGAAGGAAGCAGCAGGAUCAAUGACAUUAGCAAUGAAGAGCAGAGAUUGAAGCAUCUAAAGCUCUAAUGGUGAAUGAUCAAUGUAGCAGUAGAGGCUGCUAGCUAUUCCCCGGAAAGGUUUAUCAAUUUGUUUAGCAAUUAAAAGGCUGCCCAUUUAUCUUGCUUUACAUUCUUUCUUGUCUUCCCUUUCUUCCUUUUUUGGUGUAAUGAUCUUAUCUGUGCCCACCUUCCAUAUACGGACACCAUGAGAAAUGAUAAAUCUAACUAUCAACUUUUUCUUA